CACGCAUGUUAUUUCCACAACAUGGCGGAUUGCACAAUGUGUUCCUGGGUCUGUUUACGUUCACUCCGAUUCUAAAGGAUAUUGCCAAUUUAAUUUAGCAAGCAUUUCAAAACGUAUAUUCUUUACACACUGGUAAAAUGAAGAAUAAGAAAAACACCAAAAAACGUCCUGACAAGCAUUGGAGGAAAGGCCGAGGGAAACGUUCUUCGGAGUCAGAAAAGGAUGUCGACCAUGUGCAAAUCGUGAAACCAAUGGAUACUCUGAGUCCAGGGUUCUCUGCAAACAAGGUGAUAGAUGGUUAUUCAUCCGAUGCAGAACUGAAUACAAGGAAGAUGGUUGCUAAACAAAAUAGAAAGAAAAAAAAAUCUGGAGGAUUUCAAGCAAUGGGAUUAUCAAUGGGUGUGUUGAAAGGAAUUUUCAGGAAAGGUUACAAAGUUCCAACACCAAUACAGAGGAAGUGUGUGCCCAUUAUCAUGGAUCGUAAAGAUGUUGUUGCCAUGGCGCGAACUGGAAGUGGUAAAACAGCAGCUUUUCUCAUUCCUAUGUUUGAAAAAUUACAACGACAUUCGGCUAAAACCGGGGCACGAGCUCUUAUAUUAUCACCAACAAGAGAAUUAGCUGUACAGACUUUGAAGUUUACCAGAGAGCUUGGUAAAUUCCUUGGACUGAGGUCAGCUGUAAUUCUAGGAGGUGACAAGAUGGAUGACCAGUUUGCAGCAUUACAUGAGAAUCCUGAUAUCAUCAUAGCUACACCAGGAAGAUUGCUGCAUGUACUUGUUGAGAUGGAUCUCAAACUAAACUCACUAGAGUAUGUUGUCUUUGAUGAAGCUGACAGAUUGUUUGAGAUGGGAUUUGCAGAACAACUUGAGGAAAUUAUACAGCGACUACCAGAUGACAGACAGACUCUACUCUUCUCAGCAACUCUUCCCAAACUACUGGUGGAGUUUGCAAGAGCUGGAUUAAAUGACCCGAUGUUGAUAAGAUUAGAUGUAGAAAGCAAACUAAGCGACCAAUUAAAAUUAGCAUUUUUCAGUACAAGAGCCGAUGACAAGAUAUCGCUUCUCUUGCAUCUUUUGAGAAAUGUCAUCAAACCAUCGGAACAGACAGUCAUUUUUUUGGCAACCAUGCAUCACGUGGAUUACAUUAAAGAGAUUUUAACGCAAGCUGGCAUCAACUGCUGCCAUAUUUAUAGUUCGUUAGACCCGGCAGCUCGAAAAAUAAAUGUUGCUAAGUUUACUCACAAGAAAGCCAUGGUGAUGCUGGUAACUGACGUGGCAGCGAGAGGAAUUGAUAUUCCAUUGCUUGACAAUGUCAUUAACUUUAACUUUCCUGCAAAACCUAAAUUAUUCGUGCACAGAGUCGGUCGCGUUGCUCGAGCUGGACGUACUGGUACAGCCUACUCACUCAUAGCUUCUGAUGAAUUGCCAUAUCUGUUGGAUUUACAUCUCUUUCUUGGAAGACCAUUGAAAUGUGCUUCUCCAUCACAUUCUAGAGACGCUGACUAUCUCUUUGGUAGAGUACCUCAGAGAGUGGUUGAUGACGAGGAAGCAACCGUAUUAACACUGCAUGAACAAUCCCUGGACAUAGAUACGAUGAAACACGUAUGUAAUAAUGCUUAUAAACAGUACGUUAAGUCCCGUCCAGCACCAGCACCUGAGAGUGUCAAGAGAAUGAAAGAAAUAGACGUUUCACGUAUUGCCAUUCAUCCAAUAUUUGGUGAAUACAUCGAUAAAGAUGAAAAUAAUAGAGUUCAAAUGGUCGAUGAAAUAAAGAAAUAUAAACCUCAUACGACAAUCUUUGAAGUUGGUGUCAGCACAAAAAGUCAACCAAAAUACUCAGUCAUGAAAGCGAAAAGGCGUUUACAUAGUAAUGCGAUUGAAAAAUACAAAGUGAAGAAGAAAGAGGAGAUAGAGAAUACAGCCAUGUUGCAGAACAUAAAAGAAAAAGCGGUUUUCAGUUCAACAGAAAUGAGCACUGAUAAAGAUUUAGAGGCUGUGUUUUCUACUGUUGUUGCACCGGGACUGAAAAGAAAAAGACGAAUUGAGGCCAUGGAGAGAAAGACAAAGAAACAAAAACCUGUGGUGUCAGUACGAGAUGAUGACUACUAUAUUCAUUACAGAUCUCAGGAUCAUCAUGCUGAACGGGGGUUGUCCAUUGGUGACUGUAGUUUUGACCAACAAGCGUCGCGAGCCAUGCUUGACUUGACGGGUGAUGAUGCAGAUAUGAUGAAAAAACAUAAAGACAAUAUAAAAUGGGAUCGCAAAAAGAAGAAAUUUAUUAGAGAUGCUGGGGAUGAACAAAGCAAAAAGAAAAAAAUUAAAACAGAAAGUGGGACUUACAUUCAUGCAUCGUAUAAAAGUAAUAUAUACAAAGACUGGUUAGAAAAAUCCAAGAUGGAUGAAAUGGAUGAAGAAGAGGAGGAAGAGAAAGAAAAAAAAACUAGAAAACACAAAGGAGGAAAAUGGAAAGGGCCUCAAGGAAAAAAUAAAGGCUCAUUUCACCAAAAAGGAAAGUCUCGGAAACCAAACCAAAGUAAAGGUCCUGGAGGUAAAAGAAAGAAAGUGAGAAGUGAAAUGAAAAGUAAAGACCAAAUUUUGAAAAACAGAAAAACAGAUGCCAAGAAAAAUUUUCUUCGUAAAACAAGAGAGAAGAAAGCAAUGAUGAGGAGUAGGGGGAGAGGAAAACCUAGAUAGCAACUUUCUUUCCAGAUCUGAUAUGCUUUAUAUUUUGUGGACGUCUUUAAUAAUGCUCAUUUCAUUAGUUUUUCGUUACUGGAACAGACAAGUAAAUACUAAUGAUAUAGACAAUACAUAUUCAUCCUGUUUUUUCCGCAGCAGUGCAGAUUUAUUUUCAGUUGUCUGUCAGUCAAUACAUUUUCAACAUAUCCUUACAAACUACUAAUUGCUUUGAUAUUUUGUGAUGAUGCUCUUUCAUCAGUUAUUUUUAGGUCCACUCGUAUUAUUUGCACGCAUGAACAUUUGCUUCAACAAUGGAGAAUAUACAGUUAGUAAUUAGUGGUAGAAACCUGUGUCUUACCAGGGUUUAUGAAAGACUACACGUACUUUGCAAUCAACACGUUUUAAUUAAAGAUUAAUCUAAUAAAUAUAACUUAACACUCCAUCCAUAUAUUGUCUCCCACAUUCACAGCAAUAUUUAUCGUAUUUGGUGGUUUGAGCAAUUUUUGUUACGCCGAUGGGUAUACAGUAAUUAGACAUUACAAUAAGAGUGGAUUGAAUAAUUACUGCCAAGAAAAUAUUUUUUGAAAUAACACCUUGUAUGCACAUUUUUUAGCAUGAGAUUGCCAAAGUUAUUGGGUCAUGUAUAUCUUGAUGAAAUAAACUCAACAUUGACUGAGAUAAUUAAAUUUUCAUUGCAGAGAAAAUUAGUCAUGCACAACCGUAUGGAUUAUUUGUACCCCCCCCCCCCGUCUUUAAGCAUACAUUAUAAGGAUCUAGUGGAUGUUGCUGUCCCUUUAUUAGUGUGUAUUAACCGUUUCACCAGAAAUAUUGAAGAAAAUAGUGUAGACAAAGCAUGGAUGGAGUGACACAAUCUGUACUCGAGAUAAAUUCACACAUAUAAGAGUAGCACAAUUUAACAGCUUGGCAAGUACAUGCAAGCUUUAUAAAAAAAAAAUGUACUUUAAAAUCUGACACUUAUUUAGUCCUGAAAACAUCGUAAUGUGUAUAAGUAGAAUAUUUGGAGGGAUGGCCCAUCACAAGCUAAUACUUUAUUGGUUUCUCAGUCCUUGCCUGCAACCAACAUGCUUUUGCUGAGACCAAACACUCAGAAUGAAUCUGUUUCCUUAAUCACAAAUAAAAAAAAAACAGAAUUCAUUCAUUAGGCAAUAUAUGGAUAUUGACCUAAAAAAAAGUUGGGGGUCACCAGCCUUUUUUUCAAGAAAUUGAUGGUUGUAUUUUAGUGGAAAGUCGCCAUUUUGACACUAUUAUAACACUUUUACCACAGGUUCUCAUGGCAGAGAUAUUAUGCAAUAUCUCAAUCUAACCUGGUGACAUAGGCUGAAAAAAUCAUAUAUUGUUAAUGAAUUAUUGAAAAAAUCUGGGUUUUAAAAAGUGUCAAGAAAUAUUAGGACGCGUUUUUCAAAAAGCAUAACUGUUACACACAAAAUAAUGCUAUUUCAUUGUACCAUCUUCAUGAUUGUACAUAAUAAACUAAUUAACAUUGUCAUGCAAUUUAUGACAAUUUUUGGCAAAAAUUAUGACUAGGCUUCUACCUUAAAAGUUUUUUUUAAAUCCUCACAAUGGGCUAAAAAUAGACUUAGGAUCCAGCAAUGCAUAUUGGUAUUAUUACACUGUAAUCGAUUACAUGUACAUGUAUAGUACUGUAAAACACUUUAUUUUCGCUUGGAAUGACUCAGCGAGAUAAAAUCCAGCGAAUAUACCUUAUUUCCUACUAGUAUAUUUUAAAUUCAACUAGUCAGAAAUCAGUGAAAAUAAAUUCCAUGCAAAACACACCCCAAAAUUUGAAUUCUAGCUAAAAUAAAGUAUUUUACAGUACCGGUACUGGUCAAUAAAUGUAAUGUUAUUGGUGUUCAAA